UCAUAGCUGAAACAUUCGGAAAUGAAGUGGGCUCUCUGUCGGAUAUUUUUCUGGUGCUUAUUCUCACUUUUCACAAAUGCUGUGUUCCUGAUAUAUCGUCGGAUUUUAUUAAGUUUUUGGGGUAAAUCAACAAUCCCGCUAAAUAUGUGGAAGACAAAGGCCGUGCUGGUGCACCUUCUGCUGCUCGGUUGCGUUCUGAAGAUCUACUUUCAGUCCGCGCCGCUGAUCCACCUGGAGCCGCAGAUGACGCUGCCGGAAAUGGGUGUGAGGCCGCCUGCCGAUCGCCUAGUGGUGUUCCUCGCCGAAGGUCUCAGCGCGAAAACAUUCUUCUCGCAGAACCUCAGCCGGAUGCCACAGCUGGACGAGAUAUUUCAGUGCCAAGGUCUGAGGGGCAUAGCCCAUUCCAGUGUGCCAACGCUUACCCAACCGGGUAAUGUGGCUCUGAUUGCCGGAUUCCAUCCGUCGCCACCGCUCACGGCCACCUAUGACACUAUCUUCAAUCGCACCUUGGAUUCUCCUGAUGGGAUCUUACUCAAAUUUGUGGGUGACAAUCCCGAAACGGAUUCUAGUUUCAUAGAUCUGCAAGACUACCUGUCCGAGGAUACCAACCAGAGCAGGAUAAGGAACGCCAGCAGGGUGUUGAUCUUGGUCCACAUGGGUGAUGUAGGCGGGGCCAGUCCAUGGCACGAGAUAUAUUUGAAAAAGUUGUUUAGAGCCCAGGCGGGCAUAUUUGAGUCCUACGAAGUGAUGGAAAGUGUGUUCAGGGAUAAGAGGACUGCUUACCUGAUGACCUCAGCACAUGGACUCAGUAAUCUGGGCUCCCAUGGCGCUGGAACUCCGGACGAGACGGAGACACCUUUCCUUCUCUGGGGCUCCGGCAUCAAUGCUAACCGAACGAUCCAGAGACUGGAGCAGAUCCAGCUGGCGCCGCUAAUGUCUGCUUUAAUUGGCUUACCACCACCGGUCAAUAAUCAGGGCAAGUUGCCUUUGGGUUACCUGAAUGUGUCCCAUGAGGAGGAGGGGAAAGCAAUGCACCUGAACGCACUGCAACUUUUACUUCAGGCCAGGGUCCUUGUGAAACGCCACAAACGCGGCUUUUUCAACAAGUGGCUUCCUAAGGCCGGAGACUUGGACCUUUUGCGAAUUUCCUACUAUCAAUAUCAAAUAAACCGCCUCACGAAAAAGCGCUGGCAGGAGAAGGCCAUGGAGACGAGCCAAGUAGCAGCCAGUUUGGCCCUGAACUCCGUGAAGUCCUACGUGGGAUACUACCACAUUCCGCUGGCGGUGGCCACAGCAAUGACUCUUCUGGGCUGGGAACUCUACCUGGUGCUGAAGCUGUACCGGGAUUCAAGGGCCUCCAAAGAGCAUCGUAGAGGCUUUUGGACUGCGGGAACGAUUUUGCUCUCCGCUCUGGGACUGCUACUGGGAGAGCUGGCCUUCCUGCAGUGCUUACCGCUUCUGACAAUCGUCUGUUUGGUGGCGCCCUUUGGCUUUUGGUGCCUGGCCCUGGCCGAGUUGCCACUGAAAGGUCAUAGUAUCUUGGAUGUCUGGACCCACUUGAAAUGGAUCGUUAUACCUGCUGGACUCAUCGUUGUGACGCUGUGCUGCAACUACUCCCUCAGCCUGACAUAUGCUCUGGCUGUUGGCUACUACAACCGACUGGGCUAUGAGCGCCCCUCCAUCAAGGUCGUGGCCUGGUUGGUUCUGGUUAUAAUGCUGAGCUUGUUCCUAGGCUUUCUACCCAAAAUGGAUUUCUUGAUGGACACAAAUUAUCGGAUGAUCCUGCAGGCGUUAAGUAUGCUGCUGGUUGUCCUGCGUCCCUACAUUUUCGACGAAAAUCACCAGAAGCGCGUGUGGAUGGUCAACGGGGGAAUGCUGAUUAUGGGAGGAGUAGGAAUCUGCUUCACGGAGACGGGCAAGGCGGUUCCCAUCUACAUGAUGGCGGCCAACUGGGCGUACCUGUUCUAUGCGUUCAUAUCGAUACCCUACAGUGGGAAUACCUGUCUCCGAUCUCGCCUAGAGUUGAUAUGCUUUAACCUGCUGACCGUUCAUGUCCUGCUGAGUGACUCGUACACCUCUCUCUUUGCCCAGCUAUUGGUCAUAGAGUAUCAGCAGGGCAUCGAGGUGCACUUGGAGACCAGGCAACAGGUGAAGGAGGAGGAGGAUAAGGACGAACCAAUGCUAACAUCCAAGGAGUAUCUGCAACUUUGCUACCGUUUUGCCGUCUCCAUCCUGCUUUACUUCUACGUCUUAAUGAUGGGAACAGGCCAUUGGCUGCAGAGUUUCACCUAUUUGGCCAAUACGGAUCGACUGUUUAUGCCACAUUGCUGCCCCACUAUGUUGGGAUUCCUGCUAUUUGUCCAUAUGCUCAUCCCCCUCAUCAUAAUCCUGGCCAGCUUCCGCGCACUCAGCACAUUUGGGCGCCACGAGAUAAGCUCCAUUUUCAUCUGCGUGAUGCUCAUCUGCAAUGUCGUGGUUCUGUCCUUUAUGAUUUCUGUUCGCCAUCUGAUCGAUUGGCCAAAUGUACACCCAUCCGUGAUCAAAGUGAUCAUGGUCCAACUCACGGCCGUUCUGCUGAUCGCCUGCGACUCCUGUGGGAUAUUUUUAUUCCGGGGAUUUGACCUGAUCACCACCACAAUCCCCAAGCGAGCUGUGGUUCAAAUCCGUCCCAAGGCUAUAGUAUGCUCAAGGGCCUCGGUGACCUCCAGCGUGGUAUGAGUGGGUUCUGACCCAAGAACUUGUUAAAAAAAAUAGUAUUUAAAAUUGGUAGUUAACACAUAUAAGUUCUUAAGUUUAGCAACUUUUGCACGUAGCUUUUACCAGAUGUAUCUACAGAAUAUAAUAAAUAGUUUGGCAAUAAAGUGUGGAUCAUAAUUCAACAGUAA